AUGGCCGCCGCGCCAUGCUCGGGCUACCUCGUGGUUGCCCCACAGACUGCACUGCACCAAGGUAGUGGAUGUUGGAAAGCAUCCAGCACAUUACCAGGUGUACGGUAUGGGCAGCCUGAGAGAGCGAGGGCAGUGAGUCUGGCCGUCCCCCUGAAGGUUGUAGGAGGAAGGGGUCGAACGGAUAGGCUGGAAGAAGGGGUUAAUGCCCGGGAGCCGGUGGGAGCCGAUGGGAACCGCGGGAGGGAAAGGGUUGAGCCCCAGCCAGACCCAGAAUCCCCAUGA